CUUUUUGAAAUGACACCGUAAAUGGAUUAAACAGGUAUAGUUAACUCAACUGAUCAGUUUUUGAUAAACAGAAAACCUUGGGCGUGGACUGAAAUGUGUAUUGUUAACGGAUUCUGCCGAGAGUGAAGAUCCAUUCUGUGUAAAUUAUGGCGCUCGAGGAGCGACAGAAACUGUUCGUGCUCCUAGCACUGAUCCUGACUCUUGUUGGAUUAGGAUUAAUGGUGGGUUCUUUUGCCACCGACAAUUGGAUUAAAGCUACGGCCCACAAAAGCAACCACUCCAUCUCGGCGAAUAGUACUAACGAACCUAACAUGAACGGCACUUUCGGAUUGUUCCGUGGGGACAGGGUCAUUAACUAUGGGAAUGGACCAAGGGAACAAUCUCUGACAGUGAUCUGUAACAGCAAGUACUGCAUGAUUUAUUUCUCCAAAGACGUAGGCCCAGCGGCCCGGGAUAAACUAGAGGAGGUGGUCAACCUAUUCCAGAACCAGACCCAGGGCAAUGGUGAGCUGACCAAGUAUGGAUUGUUUCCCUUUAGCCUCUGGGUUCUGGUCAUAUUAAUGGAAGCCUUUGGAAUAAUAUGGGGACUAGUCUUCAUUGGUUUUGCCAUCUUCAACAUUUGUGGGAAACCCAUAGAGACCAUCACUGGACCUUUGGGUCUCUAUCUUUGGAAAGGACUUGCAUUGUUGUUUUCGCUGCUGGCGAUGGUGAUGUACCUGAUCCUAUUCUUCCAGUACUACAAGAAGAGCAUCCUCCUGCAGGAAGAUCAGGUCCUGGACUUUGUUUCUCAAGUCGAACUUGACUUCUCCUUCUACAUGCUGAUGUCCACCGUACUUCUCUUCACAAUCAACAUGGGGUUCUUAUUUCUAACAGGAAUCAAGUUCUCGUGUGGCUUUACCAGAGAGGCAGAGAAAGUGAUGGACAAUGGCAUUAUACUCUAUUAGUUGACAUUGCUAUCUAAUAGAGCUCUAUGCUGCCUUAUUUUAUAGGAUUGUCAUUUUAUUUUAUCACUUUAAGUCUUCAAAUGGGAUUCUGUUUGACCAUCAAUUUUUAAAUAUAAAGUUUUACCGUAAUGAUUGGUGCUAAUUAAUUGAUGUUUAAUUAUGUCAGUCAUUUUCUUGCCAUAUUUAAUAUUUUAAUUACUGCAAUCAACUUGACCAAAGAGAUGUUUGUUUCGUUUACAUGUAUUUCUUUACAAAUGCAUGUGUGUAUGUGUAUAUAUUUUUAAAAUCAAAAUUGCAACCCAAAUUUAGUCCAUCUAUGGACCAGCCAAGAUAAAUGUAGAUUUUUUGUAAACUUUAAAAUGUUAAUUAGUCAUAGAGAUGUAGUGUGUGAAAAAUAUACCACUGUAUUAAGUGGAAAUUUUAGAGGUGUACUGAGUAUAAUUCUAUUAUAUUGUUUGUUGGUUGUUCUUUAAGGGGUUGCUUGGGGCCCAAUACAAUAUAUUAUUGACUCUCAUCAUGCCCAUGUUAGCUGGUAUUAAACAGGUACUCAUAUAGUCCCCUUAAAUGUUCGAGCCUGAUUGUAACUACAAGUAGAGUUUGUCAUUUUCUGAGAGGUAUCCUUUGUACAGUAUCAUAUUUCUGGGAAUCCUAUGUACUGCAUUUGUAAAUAUUCUUAUUUGAGAUAUCCAAGACUGUGAAAGAAAAAAAUUAUUUCAAAUUGUUAAAUUUUUACGUUAUACUGUUUACAUUGCUUUAUAGGUGACUAUGCUUUAAUUUUGAUUUUUUUUAGCAGUUCUGUGUAUAAUCAUCAUAAGCUUUUGUUCCCAUGCACUGAGAAAAAGAGUACCGCUUCAACUUAAUCUAGGUUUUUGUUUUAUCACAUUUAUUUAAACUCUAGAAUAAAAUUGAAAGCAAUUGAUCUCCCCUCUUGAGCAAUUAAUUGUCUACAGUAUUUUAUACAUUUAAUUCAUGUAACUGUUUAGUGAUUAUGAGUUGACUAUAUUAUAAUAGUGUACAUGUAUAAUGUUAUAGCUAGACGACAAUCACUGAUACUACAAACAAACUUAUAUUCGUGUUCAAGAUUUUUGCAAGGUUCGCGAGAGCCUCGUUAUCGCAAAUAUUUCCCGCCACAAACCAGUCAUCACCAGUAUCUUGUAAAUAAAUCAGUCUUCAGAUAAUCAACAUCUUGAUUGUGAAAAUUAGUCGCUGCGAAACAUUUCAUCUCAGAUAAAUCACAAAAUAAAGUACUAAGUCUUGUAAUCGCAAAUUCAAGUUGGUUUUCAGUACUUAGCUUUACAGUAAGUGUACAUGUAUAUGUAUUAUAUCAUUUUUUGUUUUUACAUUUUGCAGUAUUUUUAAUUGUAGGAAAUUGUCUCACACAAUCAACUUAAAUCUUGCUGCCAACAUUUGUAAAAUAAAAAGUGUGUAAAGUUGUGUGAACAACUUUCAUUAUGAUUUAUUUUGAUAAGAAAAUAGGAAAACUAAAGAAAUGUACAAGAAAUGUAAUUUACCUUGAAUUCUGUACCACCAUCCACCCCAAACUCUCCUUGUAUUACAUAGAUAUAUAUGUUUCUAUUCCUUGAAAAGAUUAUUUUUACCAUUUUCCAUAGUUUGAUAGACAAUUCAUUAUUUUCUAAAUUAAGGUCUAAUUGGAAUGGGUGUAAAAAUCAUUAAUACCAGAAUAAUACUAAAUAACUUAAAAUGAAUAUGAAUACACGUAGCUGUAUUUAGGAAAAGGUAAAUACAUGUAAUAUCAAAUAUCUUACUUUAGUAUUAGUACAUGAAGUACUUUUCAUUUUGAAGUACGGGAAUAAGAGCAAGAGCAAGAGUAAGAUGGAAUAUCUGAGAGGGCUACAUUAUUGCAGCUACAAUUAGACCUAUAUUUAAACUAACUAAACCUUCAGUGGCGUCAUUGACUAUUUGUACAUCAUUUUUUAUCAGAAAUUAUGAAUACCUGUAGUUACAUUUUAAUUGACUUUUUAUAUGUUUAGUGGUAUAUACAGUGUAUAUUUUGAUUCAUCCAUAUUUAUCUAGUCAAAAGAGUGAUUUAUUGAUUUUAUCAUUGAUUAUAUUGAUACCAAAUGUUGAUUUUAUGAAGAUGUUGACAUCAAUGAAACAUAUCAGUUUAUUUAUUAAUAAUGACUACUUGUUUAUGAUCUGUACUCUUUUUUAUUGUGGCUGUAUGAUUAGUAUUUCAUGAGGUCAUAUUAAAUGAAAUAUCAAAUCAGCUGAUAAAGUUUUGGAUUUUUU